AUGCAAAGUGAACCCGACUACCGCCAGAAUCACCGCAAUGGAGGAACGUACAAUGCUGUCGAUCGGGGCCACGCAUCACAUCUUGAAUUUUUUUCUACGCCGAAAUUCCGCCCCUGGUCUUGUCGAAAAAUUUCACCAACCCACAUCGCGCAUCGACGUCUUACUGAGUACCAGGUCAUCGGGCGCCACCUGCCCAACGAGGCGAACCCCACGCCCAAGCUGUACCGCAUGCGCAUCUUUGCGCCCAACACUGUUGUGGCCAAGUCGCGCUUCUGGUACUUCAUGGCCCAGCUCCGUAAGCUCAAGAAGGCUAACGGCGAGAUCGUCUCCCUCAACGUCAUUGAGGAGAAGCGUCCCCUCAAGGUCAAGAACUUCGGUAUCUGGAUCCGCUACGACUCCCGCUCCGGCACCCACAACAUGUACAAGGAGUUCCGUGAGAUGUCCCGUACCGACGCUGUUGAGGCCCUCUACCAGGACAUGGCUGCCCGUCACCGCUCCCGUUUCGGCUCCAUCCACAUCCUGAAGGUUGUUGAGAUCGAGAACAACGACUCCAUCCGCCGCCCCUACAUCAAGCAGCUCCUCCAGAAGGACCUCAAGUUCCCUCUGCCCCACCGCGCCGGUGGCAAGGUCGGCAAGAAGAUCUUCGCUCACUCUCGCCCCUCUACCUUUGCUUAA